UAUAAGGUGAAAGAUGUCAUAUUCGUCAUCUCGGGACAACUGGGAGAGGCUGGUGACAGCAGUGGUGAAGAGAGAGCAGAUAUGGCAACUCUGUCAUCAAAACUCCAUCUCCACCAUUGCUUCUGAUUAUACCGACGUAACUCUCAGUUUUUCAAGUGUGAGACCUGUUUCCACAGCAUCUCAUCAACUUUCAGUUAUAAACGACUCUAUCAUCGAAGAUAGGAAAAAUGCUUCUAAAACUAUAUCGCGGAACCUAUUUUCUGCUCUGCGUUGGAAAAGGAAAGCAAAGGACUGUGGUCUGCACAAAGGUUUGGUUGGCAUUCCGGAGUAUGAUGGACUUGAGAGCUUUUCCCUACACGAGCUACUCGGUGCAACAAACAAUUUUAGCAAAGAAAAUGUCAUUGGACGUGGUGGCCAAGGUACAGUAUAUAGAGGUGUACUGAAAGAUGGCUCUGUAGUGGCUGUUAAAAAAUUAAAACAAGUGAUCGAGUUACAACUAGAAAUGGAGUGCCUUGUAAAACAUCGUAAUGUAAUCGAACUUAUUGGGUUUUGCGUUACACAAGAAGAACAGCUGCUUGUUUAUCCUUUCAUGCAGAAUGGAAGUGUGGCAUCAUGCUUAAGAAGUGAUGUGUGUGAUGUGUGGACACGUAAACUUUACUGGCCAGUUAGAAACUCAAUAGCACUCGCGGUUGCAAAAGGUUUAGCUUAUUUGCAUGACGAAUGCGCCAGAACUAUCAUUCACCGCGAUGUUAAAGCUGCAAAUAUAUUGUUGAAUGAGGACUUUGAAGUAGUCUUGGCUGACUUCUCCUUGGCCAAAUUCGCGGACUGCCGUGAUGAUGGUGCCAUAAAAGGGACGCUUGGUCAUAUAGCCCCCGAGUACCUCACCACCAGUAAGUGUACAAAGAAAUCCGAUGUUUUUAGCUAUGGGAUUUUUCUUCUUGAGCUCAUCACUGGACAAAAUAUUCCUCAUCUUAGUAAGCUCGCCAACGAUGACGAUACCUUUUUACUGGAUGUGGUGUAUACAAUGUACGAGGCGAAAAAAUUUGAAGUGAUGGUUGAUUCAAGUUUGGAAAGAGAUUUUGUAAAAGAAGAGGUGGAAAAGCUGUUUCAGUUAGUUCUCAUCUGCACACUAGAUGAUCCACAUGAACGCCCAACGAUGUCGGAAGUUGUGAGAAUGAUCGAAGAUGGCGAAGGCGAUGAGAGGUGGGAAAAAUUCUUAUGGCAUAGAAAAUUUGUAACCCCUGGGAGUGGUGUCCUUACCAAUGCAGGAUGGAUGAUGUUUGAUAGUUGUUCUUUGACUAUGGCUGAGGAACUAUCCAACCCCAGAUGAAUCAGGCAAGCACUUCAGCUUUUUGCAAUGAAACCACCUUAUUUCGACUCCCGUAAACUACAUUGUUUUUGUUCGAUUUCUCUUAUAUUGCAACCAAAUUUUAAGUUAAU